AUGACUAACACUCAGACUUCCAGACUUCCUUUGGGAGUCAGGGGUAAAAGCAUGUUGGGACUUAUGGCGUUUAGAAUUGUAGAAUCAGACCCAAACAGAAUCAUGGGGGAAAUGGGCUCCUCCAGCCACUGUGAAGCACCAGUGUUGCAUUAUGACAUAAUUGCUGAGAAUGAGGCAUGGGUCAAAUGUAACAAGGCCUGGGCUGAUCGUAGGGCUACAACAACAGACAUUGUCAAUGACAAUGAGAAUCUCCUAGAUGUUCCUGCCAAGGAACAAUGGGAGUUAUCUAAUCCACAGCCUGUCAGCACAGACACUCCCAUGAUUAACCUCUUCAGAGAUUAUAAUGCACUUACCCCUGGUUCACGAGCUGGCUUCAAAGCACUGGUGUCAAACAUAAUUGCCGUGUCUUCCUCUUUUGUUCAACCUCAACCUGUCACCAACCCAUCUGUGGUGAUGCCGACAUAUGCCUUCAAUGACGGCAAAGUAAAAUUCUUCACGUCAUUUGACGACGUGUUUGAAAUACCGAGGGUUAUCAUUGAUUUAGCCAGGUCUCACAUUCAUGUCCCUCUCACCCUUCUGAUGCCUUCGUCAUUUGAGAAAAUUCACACAGAUCCUUCAUGCAUCAAGAUGCGCAAAGGGAUGAUCCUCGAUGAUCCCAAAAAACAUAUGUUCUUCAACACCAAGGGUUUUCUCACUGAAGCAGCAUAUGAAUGGUGUUGGAAUGAUACAAUUACAAAGAUCUCUCAAAAGAAGGCAGAUGAGGCCUCUGCAAUGGCCAUUUGCGAGGCCAACAGAGUUGCUGCUCUAGCAGCUUGCCUUGAUGGUUCGAGCAGCAGUAACAGAUUCCACCCUUACCCUGCAGUCAAACCAAAGUUCAAAGAAUGCACUCUUGGCCGCAUGUUCAGACCAUCCAUGCAGGAGCAGAUAUCACUCAAACUCAGCAGACACUUUGUCUCCUGCCCACUGAGUCUUGUCGAGAAAGUGGGAGACCAAGGAAAGUUCCACAUCAUCAGAGAUCUCUCCUACGUCAAUAAAGAAGAUGGUUUCUCAGUCAAUUCUCUUCUUGAUGCUGACAAAUUCCCUACUGAGUGGGGUACAGCUGCUCAGGUCACAGAAAUUGCUGCUAUACUUGCAGGGACAAGCACGUUCAAUCCAAGGGGAAGCAAGGAAAACAAAUCCACAGUCAUGCAGCAGCUGUGUGAAAUUCUGAAUCUACCUAUGGACAUGAUGGGGGAAUUCCACUAA